AUGCUGACCGUGGUAGUCAAAGUGGAGCUAGAGUGGGGAUCAGGCUCCGAGGAGACCUGUUGCCCCCCACUUCUUCUGGAGGAACCCACGAAACUUCACCUGCUUCAGUCAGGUACCUUGGAGAUUCAGGAACGGUGCCUCACUUUUGACAGAGUCCUGGGUCCCAAUGCUGCUCAGGAGGCGGAGCAAGAGCUGCUGGCACGGGUCCAGGGCACACUGGGCUCCGUGAGGCAUGGAUACAGUGUGACCCUGCUGCUCCGGGGCUGGGAAACAGAGGCGCCUCGGCUUGUGCCACAGCUGUUGCAGGAGCUGUUUGAGGAAGCCAUGUCCCUCAAGGGCUCUGAGCCUGUGCUCAGCACUUUGAGCCUGGUGCAGCUCAGCUCCAGUGGGAAAGCUCGAGACCUACUCUCUCCAGGUUCAGAGAACAUGUCAGUGCUGGACGUGCCUCCUCUGGGUUUGGUAGUAGAAAAUGCCAGUGAAGUGGAAGUGUCUGAUCCAAGAGCUGCCUCAGAGCUGUACCUGCAGGUCACAGAAGGAGAGGGCAGAGACUGCCCCCUGCUGCAGGUGCUGGCUGGUGAAGCUCUCGGUGAGAAGGAAGAGGGCUCCCUGCCCUGGAUUGUCUCAAGACUCCUGGGAGGAAACAACUAUACUGGCCUACUACUUCGCCUGGACCCCCAAGGAAAUUCCUCGAGCUUGCUCCAGGCUGCUUUGUUGGGGGCCUCGAGGAGGAAGAUGGAGGUCAAACAGGUGAGACCAAUCCUGUGGGAUGCAGUGGAGGAUGCCAGGGCCCGCAGGGCUGGCCUAAAGACCCUGCGUUCAGGCCUCCUUGGGGGCCCCCUGACAGAUGGUGGGCUCAGCCAGCUAAAUCAGGCACUGAGGGAGCUGCAGGCCCAGCAGGCCCCAGAUUUGGCCCUCCAGUUCUUCUUGGCUCAGGCCCGGAGGCAGAGAUUGCGAGAACAGCACCAAACUUGGUUCAAAGAAGAGCUGAAGCAUUUCAAGCAGACGGAAGAGGUGGCAGGUGACCAAGUGAAAGGCCUGGUGGCUGGAAAGGUGAGGAGGGGUCAAGAGAGUCAGAGAAGGCAAAGGGAGGAGACAGUAUUGAGACUCCAACUGGAAGGCCUUCAGGCAGAGCGAGAUGCUGCAGAACAAGACCUGGUAACCCUCUAUGACCUGCAUGUACAGGCUACUCGAGCUAGGACGUGCCAUGUGCUGCAGGUGUUCCGGGACUGGCAGAGGCUGUGGGAAGAGCAGGCCCUGGCUGCAGAGCAUCACCACCGCAACCUUCUGGCUAGCAUUCUACAAGACAACAUCAGCCUGGCCACCCAGAACCAGCAGCUCCAAAUCGAGAACCAGCAGCUUCAAGAUGCAGACUAG